AGCUCCGCCCCCUUCUUAUCGUCCUGUCGCUUUAAACAAAAACCCGGUUCCGUUCGGAGCUGGCACUGGACCUGCGGCUCUCCUCCGGGCUGCCGCUGAGAGUGAGAACACUGUGGAAGAGAGCGCUCUCAAACAGCCCAGCUCCAGAAAACGUCCCCCCUCCAGCUUGGCAGUAAACAAACAGAGAGCAAACACAAGUUGAGAGGGUUCACAGUGGCUGUUCUCCAGUAUCGGAAGACGUCGCAGAGCUGCUGGCAGGACCAGGCUGUGACCUUUGACCCUCCCUGUUGGCUCUGCAGAGGCCUGUGGUGAAGAGACGGAUUAGGUGUGCGUGAGACUGCACGUCAGCAUGUCUGAAAGGAGAGCAGCAGUCAUCACACCUUCACAUGCUGCAGCAGUGCCAGAAGCACAGAGGGAUUCUGGGAAAUAACAGGGGAACAUGACGACAAUUAAAUUUACAGCUAAGAAAACCUUUAACGAGGUGCCCAACGAGAAUGUAGAACAUCACUGAAGUAAUACGUGGGUCGACAUUUCAACAGUGUGACUGUAACACAGAGGCUACAUGUAAUAAGGACAAAAUGUAACAUUCAGGAGCAUCUGUGGACAGUCCCACAAGACAUUUCUUUUUUACUGGAUUAACUGGAAACAAAAAAUGAAGAACUGAUGGAAUAAUUACGAGAUAAAAGCUCCUGCAGCUUGUAGGAUUUUUCAUUUAUUUCUUUUUUCCUGUUUUCAUCCUAAACUUAUUUCCAUCCUGCUGGCUGGACAUCAUGUUUCUGUCCAGUGUGUCGCGAGGACACACUGUAAGAAGCUGAUCCACGUGGAGCUCAGUCACAGACAGGAACUAUGUCGUGGAAGAGGAACUACUUUGCGUCGGGCGGCGGUGGGAGCGGCUGCGGUGGCACCGCGCAGGGAAUGUUGCCACCUCGCACGACGACGUCCAUCGCUCCCAGCAAAGGCCUGAGCAAUGAGCCGGGACAGAACAGCUGCUUCCUGAACAGCGCCCUCCAGGUCCUCUGGCACCUUGAUAUCUUCCGUCGUAGUUUCCGUCAGCUGACGUCUCAUAAAUGUAUGGAGGACUCCUGCAUCUUCUGUGCCCUGAAGAGUAUCUUUGCCCAGUUUCAGUACAGCAGCGACAAAGUUUUGCCGUCCGACGCUCUUCGCAGCGCUCUGGCCAAAACCUUCCAAGAUGAACAGAGGUUUCAGCUCGGCAUCAUGGACGACGCUGCAGAGUGCUUCGAAAACAUCUUGCAGAGGAUACACUUCCACAUCGCAGACGAGAGCAAGGAAGACGUCUGCACUGCUAGACACUGCAUUCCCCACCAGAAGUUUGCCAUGACGCUGUUUGAACAGUGUGUAUGCAGCAGCUGUGGUGCAUCCUCUGACCCGCUGCCCUUCAUCCAGAUGGUCCACUACAUCUCCACCACCUCCUUAUGUAACCAAGCGGUGAAGAUGCUGGAUUCAAGGGAGAAGGCUACCCCCAGCAUGUUUGGGGAGCUGCUGCGAAAUGCCAGCAUGGGUGAUCUCCGCAACUGUCCAAGUCAGUGUGGCCAGCAGCUCAGGAUGACUCGAGUCCUCCUCAACAGUCCAGAAAUCAUCACCGUCGGUCUGGUUUGGGAUUCUGAUCACUCAGAUCUGGCUGAAGAUGUCAUUCACACCCUAGGAACUUGUCUUCGUCUGGGUGAUUUAUUCUACAGAGUGACAGAGGACAAGGCUCGUCAGUCAGAGCUCUACCUGGUGGGCAUGGUGUGUUACUACGGGAAACACUACUCCACCUUCUUCUUCCAGACAAAGAUCCGACGGUGGAUGUACUUUGAUGAUGCGCAUGUCAAGGAGAUCGGCCCAAAGUGGAAGGACGUGGUCUCUCGCUGUAUCAAGGGUCACUACCAGCCUCUGCUGCUGCUGUACGCUGACCCCCGAGGCACACCGGUGUCUGUGCAGGACCGGCCCCCGCGCCUCGACUUCCACCGCCUCACCAAAGCGUGCUAUGACAGCGAGGACUCCGGUCGUGAGCCAUCCAUCUCCAGCGACACGCGCACAGAUUCCUCGACUGAGAGCUACUUGUGUCGACAGCCGUCCCACCAUCACCACGAGUCCCUGGCCAGUCACGGCUCCUCAGACUCGCAAGGAACAGUCGUCUGUGUGGAAAGCCCUGACGGAGCACCGCACGCCUUGCUCAGCAGCCUAGACUUCAUAGGCCAAGUGACAGACAGCAAGAAGCUCCAAUCUCAGAGGAAGGGAGGUGUAGCUGUGGAAAGGAGGCAGAGUUCAAGCCACUCACGCCGAUCUAAACCUGACAACGAGGCCGCCUUAACCGGUUACCAUAGUGAGGGAGAGACCUUAAAGGAGCAGCAGGUUCCUCGCCAUCUCCAAAAACUUUCCUCCUCUUUCUCAUCCUCCACCAGCCGCCUCCGUGACUUCAAGGAGACCAUGAGCAGCAUCAUGCACAGCCGCUCCCUUUCCUCCUCAUCCUCCUUACCGGCCGCUGUCCUCGCUGUUGACGUCACCACCAACAACCAGCAUUUUUCCACCGUGGCUGCCUGCUCCUCGGGAAAACCUGCAGACUGGGAGGCUGACAGCACUAGUAGUGACUCCAAAUCCAGCAACACUGGAGGAACCGGGUUGGGUCGGUACCGCCCCGCCUGGAGGCCGAGGAGGGAAGCGCUCAACAUAGACAACCUCUUCAACCGUGAGCGGCGCAGGCAGGCAGGCUACAGUCCGCUCGGACCAUCCCUGAUCGAUGACAGCAGCCUUCCUGCUUCAGAGGAAACUGAUGGCACCUCUGUCUCAGCUCAGGGGGGCAUGAGGUCCACCCAUCUAAGCUCAUCCCAGACACUUCCUGUGACUUCCAUCAUCCUCAGAGGAGGCACGGAGCUGCCGGCUCCUCUUCCCAGGCUGAUCCAGAGGAUGGAGAGCGGGUACGAGAGCAGUGAGAGGAACAGCAGCAGCCCAGUCAGCCUGGACCUGAACCCAGCCGACAGGGAGUGUGUGGUGAAGAAGCCUUCCUCCUGCUCCUCCUCUUCAUCAGGGCCUUCGUGGAGGAACAGCCGGUCCAAGAGCAGCGGAGCCCUGCUGCAGGAGCUCAGCUCCUCCUGCAGAGACAAACACGCUCCCCCUGCAGGCCGUACCGAGCUGGACGAGCUUCAGGAGGAGGUGCUGAGGAGAGCAAAGGAGGAGGAGCAGCAGAAACAGCAGGAGAAAGAGAGGGAAGUGGCGCUGGGUUUCAACCCCCGACCCAGCAAGUACAUGGACCUGGACCAGCUGCAGAUCCAAGGUAAAAGUGACAGCUUUGAGUGCUGCGUCUCUGAGGCGGAGCUUCUGUUGGAUCAGUCUCUGCACCUGGAGCAGUCUGGCGAGGUCGCUGCUGCUUUGUCAGCGGUCAAUGAAGCUGUCUCCAAACUGCAGCCUGCGCUGGCUGAGGGCGGAGGUAAUAGCUGCCGGCUGCAGCGCUGCUUGAAGAGAGCCCGCAGCCUGCAGCAACGCAUGCACGUGCAACAGCAAGAGCAGGACUCAGAGGCAGGUAACCAGCAGCCAGAGCAGCAGCAGGAGGGGCCACAGUUCCAGGAACCUCCCAGUGAAAAGUCUGUCUCGCUCCAAAUACUUCUGACACAUAAACCUGAUGUCCGGUCAGUCUUAAGCCAGGACCAGCAAAACAUGCCUCAGUCUCCCUGCCCUGUUAAGCUCCUCCCACCUAAAACAAAUCCAGUGUCCGAGUCCACCUCCAGUGCCGGGGCAACAAGGGGUUUAUCGGGGGAGAAGAGCUGGACCGGGGACCCCUGCUCCCAUGUUGGGAAAUCUCUCAGCGGCGUGAACUCCAUGUUCCUCCCUGCUCUGUGUAUGGACCCCUGGGAACAGAGCCCCCCGGAACCUGUGGCUCCACCGUCCACAGAUGGGGACCUCUGUCCACCGCAGUGGAACGGAACAUGGGCCCCACCCUCACCCAGGCCACAGUCCAGAACCCCGUCACCUCUCUCCAGCAUCAGUCAUCUAUUCAUGGAGACGUCCAACUAUACCAGACCUCCAUUGGCCACGCCCCCUAGUUCCAGUCCCACCUCUGGUUCCAGGCUCAAACUGCCCCCUCCGUCUAACCCAACCAGGAACUGGUCAUGUUUGAACCAUGACCGACCGGAUGCAGAGUCUCCGAACUUUAUGCCUUCUUCCUCGCUUCCAGACACUCCCCUCCCUGUGACCUGCUCAGCUCGGAAUCAGUCUCCGCACCCCACGGAGGAGUACCGAGCAGCUGCCUUGCCCAUAGAGCACUGGGCAGAGAAUGUUAGUCGCUACUAUGGCGCCCACAAGGCAACGGCAGCAGAAGGAUCUGUGGUGGCCAAUGAAGAGUUGUCGGAGUUGGAUUUUCUGUACCAGUCCAGUCCGCUGGCUCCCAGCAUGCACCAGGGCCGCUGUGGUGCUGUCCUGCAAUCAGCCAGCUACAAGCCAGCUGUGGGGAGGAUGAUGUCAGGAAGUGGGCGGCCCAAAACUCCCACGGCUGAAGUAGAGCGACACGCCUACAGGACGCCAGUCUCGCGUCUACAGCAGCUGCCACCAGGUGAAGACGAGAGCUACAGUGCAGAAAACCUGCGACGCGUCGCCCGCAGUCUGAGUGGAACCGUCAUUGGGUCACACCCCCAGAGCUUUGACCCCACCCACAGCUGUAACUCACCAGUUUCUCAGCCUCCUCUCGGACACGCCCACACUCGUUCCCCUUCCUACCUGCACUCCCCUGGUUCCUCCUUCACCGCCAGUCAUUCUGCCCACCAGCAACCUCGUCUUCACAGCCCGUCCGCUCCAGCGCCACCUCCUCAGCACCUCCUCCUGCUGCCGUCACGGCCCUGCAGCUCGGGCCUGUCGUCAUGGAGACACUCAGGACCUGGUCCAAGGCCCCAGUACCAGUUUCUAGUUGUGUCAGAUGGGCGCCAGACUGUCUCAGGUCAAGGCCACCCGAGCAUUGCGAUGACCUACGGCACUCUGCCCCGUGCCCCUCGACGGGCCCUGCCCCCCUCCACCAAAUCCAUCGCCACUGCGGCCAAAGCUAGACCUGAUCACCCAGCUCCUCUGCGACCUCAGGGUCACUACGCCACCCUGUCCCACCCUCAGCGCUGUGGCAACAGCUGCAGCCAGCAGCGGACGCUGUCCAGUGUUGUCAAAGGACCCGCACAGCUACUGUCAUUGCAGGACACUUUGCAGUGGCCCAGGGUGCCAGGGGAGGGCGCCAGACAACCUCUGCGCCUGGAUGUACCGCCUGACACGGACUGGCGCCAAGAUACCGGCUAUCGGAUCCUCCAGUCCACUUCCACGUGGGACCCACACACCGCUUUCCACCAGUCCCUCCGACGGACCAACUCUAGUCAUCAUGUCCCGCCUCGGACCCGCCGGGAUACUCAAUUCUGAGUCCAUGUGUCAACAUCACUUCCUGAAUUUCCAAAACGUUUCAGACGUAGCUUAAAAUUGUGCCAUUACAUUUAGUGAUGCCUAAAAACGGUUCCUUUCGAUGGGGGAGGGUUUGAAAUUUUGAGCUAAAUCUGCUCCGUCUGCCUCAUUAUGAGCACGAAGACGCGGUGAAGAACCAGUAUGCAACAAUUUGCCUCAAGGCCUCGGAACAGAUCAGAUUACAACAACGAAGCACAUUAACCAAACACAAACCAGGAUUGUGACGCUCGUGCAGGUGACGGACACCACGGGAAGGUCCUUAGUGCAGCAAGUUGUCCACCCCCCCACCCCACCCGGAGAGGGGGGGAUAAUGGGUGGGGGGGUUAAAAUAACACUUAAUCAGUUGUUGCUGCCACCAAGUGGGCUGAAGUGUGUACUGCUUACUGUUUCGGAGGCAGCUGACACCAUGCCUGUGCUGCCACCUGGUGUUGUCUGUAAAUGACACAGCACAUGCUAACGGUCCUCAAAGACGAAUGAAUGAAUGUUUGAAUGUCAACACUGACUGCAGUUGAAACAGGAAGUUACCGCCUAACGUCACGGUUUUCACCUGAAACGUGUUCACUGCAGAGAAACACGCUGGCAGCUUCACCCCGUGACCUUUGAUGUUCUUGUUGUGCUGGAGGUCACGCGGUCAUCAAGCAGGAAGUGACGGUGCGACUGACAGAGGUUUUAGAACUUAAAUCUGCUGUAUUUAUUUUUGUAGCAGUGUUGCUUUUGUGAGUAGAUGAACUGUUCUUACAUUUUCUACCUGCUGUUUUGGAUGUAGGUUCUCCCGCACGCGUGUCGUCAGAGGCUGUGUAAAGCGUUUACUCUAUUUUAGCUAAUAUUUAGCAUGAUGUAUUGCUGACGUGUUCUAGCUUUAGCUUUGACAGAUUCACUCGCCUGCCAUCGACAUUAACUUCAGUAACCGUACACAUAUACACAGAUCAUUUUCGCGCAGCAGCUCAACUGUUUAAUUUAGUGCAGUUCACAAGUGUGGACCGUAGCUGCUGCUGCUUCUUUUCCCCGUUGUUCAGCAAGAAACGUUUCCAAAGCUUCUUUUUUUCUAAUCAAAUGGAACAAUUCAAACUAAACACCUUCAAACUGCUUGACCUGUGACCCCACCCAUCUGUCGCUCACACAGUGAUACACAAAUUAUUUUAAAACAAAAUAACAGGGGAUGAAGUCAAAAAAACAAACCCGAGACCAGGAUGGACUUUUAAAUGAAAUUUCUGACAUUAACAAGAAAACUGUUAUCAGUGAAUUUAAGGUCAAAUUUUUGCUGUUUUUAUUAAAGCUGACAGUUUGAUGGCGCCCCAUGUUUAAAAUCUGUCUCGCUGCACGUGCACAUUUAGUGCAUGAUAGCCCUGUUGUAAAGUUACCCCUCCCCCUGUUUAUACACAGACAGCAGAUGUACGCACGACUCGCCGCGUGGCUGCUGCAGAGAGCAGUACACCCAAAAAUCACCAUUAGAGGCUAAAAAUGUCUCUGACCAAGAAUGAGGUGGGACUAGAACCCACAAAGGUCUGGCAUUUCCCACGCGGAGCCGUUAGUCCUGCUUCAUGCAGACGAGGGGGUGGGAGCUUUGUUUUCAUCCUAAAAGUGGUGUCAGUCUGACACCUAGUGGACGGGAAAAAAAUCAUUUAGGGCACCUUUUAAAUUAACCACUGUGAAAUCAAAGUCAGCACAACACCGCCCUCUUGUGGGAAAUCAGAGUUGGCUUUUGGGGGAACUGAGCCCACAACCAUUUGUGCUGUGAAGCAACAGUGCAAACCGCUGCACCACCUGAGAGCAGUCUGUGGUUCAGUCACGACAAAAAAAAAAAGCAACAGGGCAUCAUCU